CAACCCAUUUCCCACAAUGUCCCAUUCCAGCCCGGAUAAUUCAUUCACAGUAUCUUCAGACUUCAGGAUUAGAGACACAGCCAAGAAAUUCAAAUACGCACGCUGGACUCGGCAGGAGCAGCAGUUUUCUGUUGAUACAGCUGCCAUCGCGACUGCUUUUCCUGAUUUUACCCAGGGAAGCACCUCCGACGACUUGACAAUAGAUCUCGGACGCGCCAAAAAUACCAUUCAACAUUUUCCAAAAUCUCCGUCAUUGCCGGACAUACAAUAUCGCACCGUCGACUCCACGAACACCGAUAUGCUUCGCCAACGCGUCCUUAACAAAUCAUCUACCAACAACAUCCAAAAAGAGAAUAUGGCUCCCAACUCUUCGCCAUACGUCUCCAAUGCCAGUCGAACAAUUUCUGGCGAUCGCAAGCAGCUUGCAGAGCUUCGCGCUCAAGUUCAAUCGGAUACUGAGAAUUCGACAAUGGGCACCGAGCGAACAGGCACCACCACCUUCCCUCCGUCGAAAGUACGCGGAUCACGAUUCGGGCAGACCAAGAACUACAAAUCCGACAGAGUCGAUUCUCAACAACAGAUACCAGCAAAUAUCUCGGCCAGGUUCACGUCGCCAGCGAAGUCGGUCACGAAAACAGUUGCGCAACCUACCCAAAGCUCUUUCAUCAUUCAUGCGAAUGGGGAUAUGACUGCCAGAGAUACAGAGGAAUUGGGACUUCCGGUUAUUGUCGAGCACGGCCAGGUUCAGCAGCGAAAGUCGUCUGCGCGACGCUUCAAACGCGUCAGUGGCAUUCGAACUCCGGAGGAAGAGAAAGAGUUGUGGCUUUUGUCCGAAAAGCUCAAGGCAGAGAACGCGGCACUCAGAUCUCGAGCCGAUUAUCAACAACACGUCAACAACAGUCUGCAGGAGCAGAACGCGAGGAUCUUACGAGAAGUGUCCGAUUUCAAGACCAGAAUAGCUUCCGAGUUUGAGGUCAAGAUCACGGAGAUGUCUCGAAAGGUGGACGUGGUAAUGUCAGAGAACACCAUGAUGAAGGCAGAGAGUGCCGCCAUUAGGGCAAAGAAUGCGGCGCUGAGCAAUGAGAAGGAAGUUGAAGGCCAUGAGCUUGCAAGAUUGGAGACCGAAUUGGCUCAACUCCGCGCCGACUUCCAAGAAAAUAAUACUCAGGAAGUCAAUACCGGUAUACAGAUUACAAGUCCGAAAAAGACCCAGAAAUCAACCAGUCAUACCGUUAGGUCAGAGUCUAGAGUCGAAUUUGAGGGGACCAACACCGAUAUGCAAUUUGAGAUUCCAAAUCUGCAGGCUCAACAAACUUCUACUCGUCCUUCGAGAGAGUUCAGAGCUGAAACCCAGGAGACCAAUACCGAUAUGGAAUUUGAGCUUCCAAAGCCGAAAGGUCAACAGACAACUACUCGCAAUCUCAGAUCAGAGUCCAGAAUUGAGUCCCAAACAAAGAUCAGUACGCAUUUCGAGGAUGCGAAUUCGAACGCUCGACGAACAUCAGCUCGUAGCCAUAGACAAAAUUCGGGAACCGACUUGCAGAGAACAGACACGGAUGUUCAAAUCGAAGUUUCGAAACUCCAUACCCGAAAAGCAUCCACUCAGACCUUCAGACCUAAGUCGGCGUCUGAGGAACAGACUCUACGCCCUUCUGUUGAUCCUCAACAAGCAUUGGCCACUGUUAUGGCUCAACUCAAUGAAGAACUAGCUGAGCUGAAAGAGGAGCACAACCAGGUUACGUCUGAGUACAUGGCUCUUGAUGCAUCUAUGAAGAGGCGAAUGCGUAAGGAGAUGAAGUCCGAAAUGGAUAGGCUUCUUCGAGCCAUCGAACGAAAGGCAGACCAGGUGUAUCUGCUGCAAGAUGUUCAGGAGGGGAUUCUGCCCUAUGAGGAAGGUCAAUCGGCUUGAGGUGGUGUUUGUUCUGUUUCGGCAUUUCUGAGCAUUGCGGGGUGAUUCAGGUCUUGCCGAACACUGAAUUCAUUGCAGUUGUUUGCUUGUUGGAGUUAAGAUGGCGUCUUAUUAUUGUCAGAGUCUAGGUUGAUAGCAUUAUCAGGAGUUCAUGGGAAGUGGAGUAAAGACGUUUCUUGUAGAAGUAGGGUAGUCAGAGUCUCUCUAGACCAAUGAGUUAAUGAAUACGU